UUUUGACGAAAAGUAACAGCUGCCAAAAAGGCAUUUUUACUUCUUACAUGUUCACUACUUGCUCGACUUGCUCAUUAAUUCCUUGAUAUGAUUUGCUUUUAAGCAUAUAAGAAAUGUUUUAAAGAUCCAAUUCAAACUUAAGAAGUUUUAAUUUCAAAGUGGUCAGAAUGCUGCUCAGCAAAAUCUAUGUACCAGUCCAAAAGGGAUUGUUCACAAGAUGUUUCUCGUUGAGUCGCGGCAACCAGAACCACAGCUGGCCGAUCCCGGAUUACGGACCGAUGGAGGUGAUGAGGUCGGACCUCAUGAACGGUUGCAAGGUUGCGUCUGCGAAGUCGCUGGGAGCUCAGAUUGCCGCCUGCACUAUCAUGUAUCAGGCAGGUUCCCGCUACGAGAGCGACGCCACCAUCGGCGCGAGUCACUUCGUGCGCGCCAUGUCUUCUGCGUCGGGCUGCGGACACAGCUCGUACAUCAAGCACCGGCGCUUGCAACAGAGCGGCGGGUUCCUCACCUGCACCGCCGACAGGCAGUCCGUAGCGUUCACACUCCGCUGCCCUGUCACCACCUUCCCAGAUCUUAAGAGCUACUUGCUGGACACCGCAGCCAGAUGCUGUUACCACCAAUGGGAGCUGGAUGAUUGUAAAAGCCUCGUCGAAGACGACCUGACUAGGAUCACGCCGGAGCAAAUGGUGAUGGACCUCAUCCAGAAAGCGUCUUUCAACGGACCUCUGGCCAACUCGGUAUUCUGCCCGAAGGAGAGAAUAGACGGGAUGAGCAAGGAGUCUAUGCUGACGUUUGUGAACUCCAACUUUAAGCCGGUCAGAUGCACCGUGGGCAGUACCGGUGUGCGAUUUGAAGAUGCUCUGAAAAUGGCCGAAAUGAUCGAUCUAAACCGGGUUCGCCAAGCUGACCCUUGCACGGCGCGCUCUAAUCCGAAGUCAGGAUACGAGUACCACGAUCUGGGCCCCGGUAGAGACACGUGGAUCGCACUCGCCAUACCCGGCUGCGGUAGCUGCGACCUCGCCUGCCUCCUGAAGCACGCCAUAAUAGCGGAAGCGUGUGGGACAGGCGCCGUGGCGACGGGUCAGCACCGUGAGGAUCGCGCGCCCCACGGCCCGCUCGGCACCAUGGCCGGUGGCGAUGUCUACACGGAAUAUAGGGCCUUCAAUGUGUCAUACUUUGACAUAGGCAUAUUCGGUAUAGUAGCGAAAACUCGCGCGUGUACAGCGAAGCAGGUAGCUCGGAACGCUGCAGAGUUUCUGUCUAAUGUCGGUGAUUUGAAUUUCCAACAGAUCGCGACAGGAAAGAAGAGGCUGAAGUUAAGCCUGGCGAUCAACGACGGAGACAGCGUGAAAGUGUCAGAAGGACUGGCCUUGCAGAUAGCGAACGGAUUGCAGUUCGACAGCGCCAAGAACUCUAUGGCGCUCGUUGAUCUAAUACCGCCCGACGAGGUUGUUGCCACCGCUCGAACACUAUCAAGCAAAAGUUCUGCUAUGUCAAUGGCGGUUGUCGGUGAUAUAGGAGCAGUACCCAUGGGCACGGAGUUGUUAUAAUUUAAUUGGUUGUAUUGAUUUGUAAAAGAAUUUUUACUAUAAAUUAUGUUUCAUAAUGAGUAUUUUAUUGAUAUUUGG